AUGGAAACCAAGCCGAAAUCCUUUUGGGUAAAAUGUUUUCCUUUUGUUUCAAAAUUUAAAAUCUUGAAUUUUUCCAGCUUCAUUCAAUUUGCGCAGCAUUUCAACAUUGUCUAGUCUCUGCUGCAAUCUACUACCUAUUCCACAAACGGGCUCUCGAACAUAUCAAAGAAUUCUCGAUCGCUAAAAUGAAGUCUGAUUUGACGCAUGCGCAAUUUGCGCGAGAUUUGAAAGAGUUUUCCGAUGUCAGUUGGCUUGCUGUUAUUUCCAACCUAUCUCUCGGGUUUUUUUGCCUGAUGCAUGCGAAUAUUCCUGGAAAAUUGGUCGCUUUUUUUGUUGUCUUGUUUGGAGUGAGUUUUCAGCUUUUUCCCGAAUAAAAUCAAUCAAUUUAAUUUUUCUUCAGAUCUUUCAAAACAUUUGCCUCCAUCUGCUUCUAAAAACCUGCCAGCUACAAUUCACCCAAGUUUCGGUUGCGAGAACACUUCAAUCUUCAUCAACAUGUCUAAUCGAUGCUUCGCCUUUUUUGGAACAAUCCAAACAUUUGAUAAUUUUUCUGAUUUUUGUACAAUUUGCAUCGAUUUAUACGUGUGCCAUGUUCGCAUUUAUUUGGUCGAAUAAGCCGAAAAAGAAGCCAAUUUUUGGGAUGAAAGAUUGUGAGAAAAUCGAGAAUGUUGAAUAA